UACAUAGUUCUCCCCAAUGCUGAUUUGGAGGUUUUGUGACGAUGGCUUCCUUUUUGAGUUAGCAGAAGACAGCUGUUCUUUUAGAUAUCUUUGAAAAAUAAUCCUUUUUGUUUUUAAAAUGGAUCACUUGUAACUUCGGUCACUAUGAGUUAAUUUCGAAAGCAUGACAUUCGUGCUGACCGUUUAGAUCAGUAUUUUUCAAUACCCAUUACACAGGACUCCUAUUUUGCAUAGAGUGAUCUCAAUAUUUAUAACAUAUUUAUUUUAAAAUAUUAUUGUAGAGGUUUACUUAUUGUAUUGUCUUCACAAAAUACCUUACCUUACCCCUCAACAGUAUUUCUACAAAGAUUUCUGUCACAGUCCCAAAAUGGUUAGAAGAUACCAAGGCAUUGUACUAGGGGUGCUGAUCAUAUUGUUGUUCUUCAUCUUGUAUCUUACGAUGCAAAUCAUCCAGACUAUAGUAAUUCAGUCAAUUGUCGAGGAAUCAUGGCUAUUGCGGCUCUGUGUAAAUUUAGCUGCGUAUGGGUGCAUUCUUGUGCCAGGCUUUGUAGCAUACAAAUAUGUGGAAUCAACCCAGUAUUUGGAAAGAACAGAUCUUGGCAGUUUUGGAAGGUUUGUAAGACUUUGUCUUGCAGAGCCUUACUCCGAUUUACCAAAAUCUAUUGAUUCCACAUCAAACCCUCCACUGCAAAGUCACUCACAUGGAAAACGAGUUUUACAGCUUCUUUAUUGUUUUGGAGGUUUACAGAUUUCUUACCUCAUUUGGGGUGUGUUGCAGGAAAAAAUAAUGACCCAGGAAUAUCACAACUCAGAUGACGAGAGAGCUAAUUUUAAAGAUUCAGAAUUUCUGGUAUUUGUCAACCGUGUUCUAGCCUUUGCCUUUUCAGGCAUACAUCUCAUGUUCACCAAGUACCCACGAAAUAAUUGCCCUCUUUACAAGUAUGUCUAUUGUUCUUUGACAAAUAUACUCAGUUCAUGGUGCCAGUAUGAAGCUCUUAAAUUUGUAACCUUCCCAACUCAGGUUCUUGUGAAAGCAUCCAAGAUAAUUCCUGUUAUGGUGAUGGGAAAAGUUGUCUCGAAGAAGAAGUUUGAAUACUAUGAAUACGUAACUGCUGUGAUGAUGUCAAUUGGCAUGGUUAUGUUCUUGCUGAAUAAUGGAGGAGAUCAGAAAGGAGUCAAAGAAACAACGGUUUCUGGCAUUGUUUUGAUGGCAAUGUACAUGACAAUGGAUAGCUUUACAUCAAAUUGGCAAAGCAAACUCUUCUCAGAAUACCAUAUGAGUUCUGUUCAGAUGAUGUGUGGUGUGAAUUUAUUUUCAUGCCUCUUAACAGCUGUUUCUCUUGUGUCUCAAGGAAGUCUAUUCAAAUCCAUUCUGUUCAUGAGUCAGUUUCCAUCUUUUGCAAUUGAUUGCUUUCUCCUAUCGUUAUGUUCUGCCUCCGGUCAGCUCUUCAUUUUCUAUACCAUAUCAACAUUUGGACCAGUUGUAUUUGUUAUCAUUACCACCCUACGACAGGUGCUUGCUAUACUUCUCUCUUGCAUUAUUUAUGAUCAUCAUCUCUCUACGUUUGCUGCUUUUGGAGUGUGUGUUGUAUUCAUUGCAAUAUUUUUAAGAAUUUAUUGCAAUCAAAGACUAAGAAACAUCAGGAAACAACAACUACGAGGUAGUGUUCAAGGAUAAGUUAACUAGUAUAUAUUAUUUCAAAAGUUUUCCAAAGAUAUUCUGUUUUAGUUUGUAUGUAUUAUUUUAUUGUUUGGUCUAAAAUUUUACUUUUGGUUGUGAAAUUCUUUUAGCAAUUUGGAAACAUAUUUUUUUCUAUCUUUUUUACCUAUUAUGUCCAUCUGUGAUACAUCUGUCUCGUGUAAUUUCAUUAUCAAGGCAUUAGUCUAAUUUUGACCAAUAUCACAGGUCAAAUUCUGAAGUGCCUUCUAGUAACUUAAAAGUGUAAGCAGUUAAAUACCAAUAUUGUUUAUAAACAGGAUAAAAAUUACGUAAAAUAUAUAUUUUUUUUUUAAAGAAGUGAUUUUGCAUAUGGUAUCACUUAACAAGUAUUUUGUCAAAUAAAUUUGAUUUAUUAUGAUAUUGUUGUGGCAUUGCUGUGUCUGAGACUUUACUUCACAUGGAUGUGUUCUCUAGACUUGUAUGACAAAAACUGUACUUAAUAUCCAUGUAUUUUAAGAUUUUGUGUCUCUCUAAUGACAACCUUUUUGAAGGGGGUAGUUUUUUAAUUUGAAAUAUCUUUUUUCUCAUAUAUUUACGACAUAGAUACUGAUAGUAAACUUGGGGUGGUGAAAUGAUGUUUUCUUUUUGAAAUUUUUGUUUUGUUGUUUGUACUUCUGGCCUAGAAAAACUUUAGCUUGUCAAUAGUCAUCUAAUGGCUCAUGUUCUGUUAGAUAGAGUCAGGUAGGGGGAAAAAUGAGAUGUGGGUAGGUAUGCAACAUCUAUUACGAUCAAGUUGCUACAAUUGUUAUGCCAGUACCCGCUGUUUCAUUUCUCUCCUAUUGGUCCUACUUUGCAACACAUCAAAUAGAUCUUGCGUGUGGGAUAAGAUGAUUUUUUUAUACUACUUGUAGGAUUUUGGAAUGGGAAUGUGAGUGUCUAUUUGCUUGUGUGUUGUCAGAUCUAAUACUGUGACUUUUAUGCUUAUGAUGUGCUGAUGUUUAACUCAUCAGCAUCAGAUGGCUCUCAUGUUGAAAUAUGUCAAUCGCAGAAUCUUUCUAUAUUCAUUGACAGAUAUGCUUAGCUACCUUAGGCUUGUAUAAUUUUACAAAUGAGACAUUGAGACAUGACAAAUUAGUGAUGUAAGGAGAUAAGUGGUGUGAUGGCAUGGGAAUAGGUCAUAUCAUGAAAUGUCAAAUUAUCAUAAUACUCAGAACUUCCCUCCAAGAUUGAUAAGUUGUGUUAUUUUAUGGUAUUGUUCUUUUUCUAAUUGUUUGUUGAUUAGCGUGUACAAACAAACUCCUGACCUGUGUUCUAUAAAACGGAUGCUCAGAUGAA